AUGACUGCUCAAAUGACCACCGAGCCCCCCAAAUGUUGCUUCUUCAACAUCAAGACAGCAACAGUCGCUCUAGGGAUCUUCCACAUGGUUAUGAGCAUUUUGCUGCUGAUUGAGUACUCCCUGGAGGUGGCUAGCGGGAAAGGCUUUUGCAAAGACCUGGACAAGGAUUACUACAAGAUUGCUGAUGUCAUCACCAGUUUCCUGUUGAUCAUCAUGCUGUUUGUCAUCAGCUUCAACCUCCUCCUUGGUGUGGUGAAGAAGAGGGAACGUCUCCUGAUCCCGUUCCUUGCUCUACAAGUCAUGGACUUUCUCCUCAGCCUCCUAACAAUGUUCAGUUCCUACAUACAAAUCCCAGCGAUCAUUUCAGUGUCCUCCCUUAGCCACACGCAGGGACACUCGAAGAUCCCUUUCCUGGCUCUGCAGCUGCUGGACUUCUGCCUGAGUAUUCUCACUCUCUGCAGCUCUUACAUGGAGGUCCCCACCUAUCUCAGCCUCAAGUCUUCAGACAAUGGGGGCUUUUUGCCAACCCUGGAGAAGUUACCAACAGAUGAAUAUGCCAAAGUGAUGGUCACCUUCACCAUUGCGUUCAUUGCUGUCCUCUUUCUGAAGGCCUAUAUGUUCAAAUGUGUCCUGAGCUGCUUUAAGUAUAUUAAAGCCAGCAAGAGACAGGAGGUGAAAGCUGACCCACAAACAGUCGAAAAGGCUGUGCUGCCGUCAUAUGAGGAAGCCUUAGAGUUGCCUUCCAAGGAAACCCCACCACCCUAUGUAGCAAUCUAAGCUCCACUCAUGGAGAGAAGACGACAUCUGUAUUGCUGUUGGUGCCUCUUACCCCUUCUGUCAGAUAGUCAGCCUCAUUGAGAAGUCCUUACUUUAUAGCAAUACCAUGCUUAUCACAAUCCAGCUCACUUUAUGAGCCUACAAAGAGUGAUGGUGAACCACUGGAGUUGGUGCCUUGUUCUACACUGGCAGUUUUGACUUGGUACUACCAACCUGCAAUGCUAAUUUUAAUAAACUUGGCACCAGGCA